ACUGCAAGGGGCGGUGUUGUUGUGGAGUACAGAGGAAGUAAGAUCGCACUGCUGCACUUUGGACUAAUAGUAUUAAAAAUACACAGUAUUGUACUCCAGAUAACACAAAGAAAUAAGACCUUAUAGUCACCAUGGCAACUGAGGGGGAUCCCUCAGACUUGGUCAAAGUCUUACAUCUCCUGGUACUUUCCUUCUCCUGGGGCAUGCAAGUUUGGGUUUCAUUCAUUGGAGGUUUUGCAUUGGUGUGGCAGGUGACAAGACACACCUUCGGCCUAGUGCAGAGUAAACUCUUCCCGGUUUAUUUCUACUGUCUGCUGGGAAGCCAUUUUGUCAGUCUGGCUAUUUAUGCAGUGUAUCAUCCGAGAGAGCUGCUGGACACACAUGAAACGGUGCAGAUGCUUCUGUAUUUUGUGGCGUUGGUGAUGGCGGGUCUAAACGCUCAGUGGUUUGGUCCAGCUGCUACUGAAGUUAUGUUCCUUUUGAGGGAGGUGGAGAAGGAGCACGGUCUCGGUAAUCAGAUCGGACUGAGUGCCGAAAAGGAAGGUUAUGCCAAACUCAAAGAGCAAGACCCCAAGUAUAAAGCCUACAAAAGAACGUUCGGCCGCUAUCACGGGUUGACCAACCUCUGUAACCUGAUCGGAGUCAUCUGCACCACAACUAAUUUGAUCUACAUUGGUUUGAAUCUACCUACAAUUUAGACACGGUGAGGUUGCAGGUUCUAGUUGGGUCCAAAUAUCCAAUACAGAGUACCUAUAUUAAUACCCAACCUAUUGCAAAAACAAACUGAUCUCCAUCCAGUACGGGGCGACGUCGAAUCCAUUUAAACAAACACGUAUGUUAAGCACACAUUUGAAGCAUGACUUUUGGAUUUGCCCAGAUGGAAAGCAAUGUUUUUAGUUUUAUGUAGAACCUGAUGUUCAUGGAUAACCUAAGCACUAACUCUCAUCUGGAUUUGAGUGUUCUGUCAAAUGAGCCAUAAUAUGUUUUAUUAUAAGCAGACUACAGAACAUAGCACCAUGUUGGCCAGCAAGCUUAUAAUUGUUAGUGCUGACAUCAGCAUUAAUAAUGAAAUCAUUUAUUGGAUAAAGUGGUGUGAAAGUACGAUUGAUUGUGCCUUACUGAUAUUUACUUUUCGAAAGCUGUGAUUUGAAAUUAUUUUUACGUAUGAUUGUUUUACAAGGUUUAGAUUCUAACAAAUAAAACACCACUGUAUGGUCAAGCAAAA